GUCUACAUGCAGCGGCUUCACGAAAAGCUGCCCGUUCGCCCUACGCCCUACUCGGUCUUCUAAGUUACUCUAAUGGUAACCAUAGGUAACCAUAAAACGAUGAAAGAUGAAAGUCACUGAAAAGGUUACUGACUGUCAUUGAAAAAAAGUCACUGAAAAGGUAACCAUAGUUUGGCGGCUUUUAGGAGGCGGUUUGGUCUUUGGUGUCUGUACAUGGUACAUGGUUCCGUCCCCUUCUUGCAUUCCAGCAGGGGCUGAAGAAUUCCAACAUGAGCUCCUUAGGCAGCAUUACUGGUUAUGAUGAUCCUGAACUGGAGGACCUCAUAGACAAGCAAGAUAUUGUCAUCCUGCAACCAAAAGAUGGUUGGAUUGCCCCAUAUCCAGUUCCUGAUGAAUGGAAUUGGAAUGGCAAGACACUUGACCUGUCCAGAGAGACAUUCAGCUCAUCAUCAGACAUUCUUAAAACGUUUGACUUUCCAACAGCGACGUUUGCAGGAUGCCCUUCCCUAGAAGCAAAGUCAUCACGUGAUUUCACAAAUGCUGUCAAGACGGUUUGCAAGGGAUGUACAAAGGUCACCGUGGUGCACAACAGAGAUUUGGUGGUGACUUUACUGAAUACGUUUCGGUGCGUAGUAGAACUGGUGUUGCCGCACAAUUUAAGAUUGCAAAAUCCUCUAACGGAGACCAAACUCACAAGCAAUCAUUCGCUGAAGGUCCUUAAAGGGGACAUGUGCGGCAUUGGAAGUAACCACUUGUUGAUGGAUCAAGCGACUAUACUGAGCCUUAUUAAUCAAUGUCCACAGUUGGAGCACCUGGAUACAAACCUUGACGAAUUGCUUGAGCUCGUGCCAGCCCUGUUCAUCAGCUUGGGAAAUCGGAAACCCUUCACAACCGCCCAGCUCAACAAUUGCAUUCUCGGUUCUUUCCGGCACCGAGUCACAUUGGGCAACAUCGUCGUCAACUCUGGUGCCAACUUUUACUGCCUAAAUUUGAUUUUAUCAUGUAGCAGACGGCGAAACAGGCUAGAGAUUGUCACAGGCAGCACGGACGUCGUGGCAAUGAUCCCUUCUUUUGAGAAUGUCACGAGUCUCUUCAUACAAUUCGUGCGGGGGAGAUUUUCAGCCUGUCCAUACAAGUCGUGUUUCCCAAAGGCCCUGAAAAAGUUUCGGCUUUCUGCACUCGAGCUGAGAAUUUUCAUCGAUGUCAGGCUGUCAGAAAUAGCUCAACACGGCAGUCAGUUGGAAUCCCUAUCGUUGAUCGACUGCUGGAUCGUCGAUGAAAAACUAAAGCCAGGCACAUUUGAGAAGCUGAAGGUUCUCGGGGUCGGAAACGAAAUUGCUUUUAACGUGCUCGGUCGUGGCGGACUUUCAGAAGUAAUGUUUUCGAGGUUGAUUCAGCGUUGCUCAAGUUUAAACGAGUUGCACGUAAGCGGACAGGAACUCUGUUGCAUUUUCUUAAAACGCAGCUUUAAGAAGUCAAACCUGGUAAACUUGAAAAAACUUGUGUUGUGGACCAAGCAAUCUCUCGCAGGCUUGAAGGUGGGAGUGUCGGAUCUCGAGGCUUUGAAGACAGAUCUGGUUUCGUUGGAGUGUGUGAUAACGGACAGCUUCGAUAUAAGACUGUUUUUCCAAGUGUAUGCGCAAGACGUGAGGUUGAAAUGGUUGAGCUGUACAAGGUGUGUGGCAGAGCUCGCCGCAGUUAAUGGCACCGACCUCGUUACCAACAAUUUCUUUGCUGAUGUCGUGUGAGCGAUAUUGAGGUUGUUGCUGGUUUGUGCAGUUUUGUUAAGCUUAUCAGACGGGGUUUCAGUAAUAGGCUGUGAAAAUGGCUGAAAUAACUGUGGGGACAUACAGUGGGAGCAUCGUUUUUACUUCUUACUACUGUCAGAGAAAGGAGCAUUUUUGGAGUGCAUGAAUAUCUUCAAGGAAUGUUACACUGGGAUCUCAGCCUGGAAACAUUGGGGCAAACACUCAAGUCUCUCAUGCAUGACGGUGAAUCUGUCUUGAAUACUUUUAUCUUUUACAUUUAGUCUCCAUCACAGAUGAUGACAGUGAGAGUUUGUGAUACAUUUACAUGUGUCAGUUUUAGCGAAUACAUGCGGUCUGAGCUUCAGUGAAAAAUAUGUUGUUGCUCUAUGUGAGUCUUCCCAUCAGAUCUGUUUUCCCCCUUUGUUUUAGUAGAACCUCGCUUUCAGUUUAAACCUUUUCACAUGCGACAGGAUUCGAGAAAGACAUCCGAUUGCCUGUCCAAGUACCUUCAGUUACAUAUUUUUUGCCACAUGUUAAUGAAACUUUUAAUAUGGCUAUUAUAUUUUUGUUGUUCCUAUGUUUCAUUUUCAGUUUGUGAACAUUUUAUAGUUAAUUUCUUUAACCUAGUGUAUGUAUGAUGCAUCAUAUAUCAAUCAUAUCAUAUAUCACAUAUCAUGUACAUUCGUACAGGGUGGUGUAUGACACAGUGACCGAUUUGAUGAAACAAAAUUUAGCCUGAAACCUGUGAUAAAAAUACAUGUUGGUUGAACGUGAAGUUGACCAAUAAAUAGUGGAUUUUAGAA